AGAUCGCUGGGCCGCCACCACUAUGAGUUGUGCUGCCCUGCUGGGACUUAGGGGACCGCGGCUCUUGAGGGCCGUCGCCCACCCGCCCCGCUGGAGCAGGCGGCGCAGCACCGGCUGUGAGCCCCCGGCGGGAGCCGCGGUGCGCAUCGGCUGCGCUUCGGGCUUCUGGGGAGACACGGCGAUCGCGGUGCCGCAGCUGCUGUACGGAGGGAAGCUGGAUUUCCUCGUCUUCGAUUAUCUCUCGGAGAUUACAGUGUCGUUGCUGGCGACUGCCAAAGCCCGGUCUCCCGUUUUAGGUUACACUCCAGAUUUUGUCUCUGCUGCCAUGGCUCCCUAUAUAAAAGAUAUUCACAGGAAAGGUGUUCGUGUCAUCAGUAACGCUGGGGGAGUUAAUCCGCUUGCUUGUGCAGCUGCCCUUCAGGAGGUGGCAAAGAAAGCAGAUGUUGAUUUGAAAAUAGCUGUUGUUGCUGGAGAUGAUUUAAUGAGUGAGAAGGAAAACCUAAAAGGAGCUGGUAUCACUGAUAUAGAGAGUGGCAAACAAUUUCCAGAGAGCAUUCAUAGCAUGAAUGUGUAUCUUGGAGCAAGGCCAAUAAGCAGGGCUCUUGACCUUGGAGCUGAUAUUGUUGUGACAGGUAGAUGUGUCGACAGUGGGAUUGUAUUAGGACCGCUCAUUCAUUCUUUUGGCUGGAAUAGGGAUGAAUUUGACUUGCUAGCUGCGGGAAGCCUUGCAGGUCAUCUCAUUGAAUGUGGUGCUCAGUGUACAGGUGGAAUAUUCACUGAUUGGCAUACAGUACCAGACUGGCACAACAUAGGCUUUCCCAUUGUAGAAUGUUCCUCUGAAGGAGACUUCAUUCUUUCCAAACCACCAGACACUGGGGGACUAAUCUCUUUCGGCACUGUAGCUGAACAGCUGGUGUAUGAAUUGGGCGAUCCUCAGCGCUGUCUCUUACCAGAUGUCACAUGUGACUUUUCCAAAGUUUCUAUCACUGAAAUUCCAGGGUAUCUGUGUAAAGCUUUGAACUGCUUCCUCAAUAUUUGCAAGCUCAGGUUAACUGCAAGUUUUGAUGGUGGGGCAGUGAAAGUUCACGGAGCAAAAGGAUCCCCUCCUUCAGCAUUUUAUAAGGUUAAUGCCACUUACCUUGAUGGCUUCAGAGCUACUGCUGUCUGUCCAGUGGGAGGUCCAAAAGCAGUACAAAAAGGAAAACGCACUGCAGAAGGUAUUCUGCAGAGGACUCGUCUUAUUUUCAGUCAGCUUGGGUAUGAAGAUUACAGUGCAGUUAACAUACAGGUUUUAGGGUCUGAAGAUACAUAUGGACCUCAUGCUAGAAGGAGUAUAGAUGGUGGUCCUCGAGAAGCUGUUAUUUGGCUUGCUGUACACCAUAAGCAAAAAGAAGCUGUAGAAAUCUUCUCCAGAGAAGUUGCUCCAGCUGGAACUGGCAUGGCACCUGGCCUCACUGGAAUUGUUGGAGGGCACCCCACAGUGUCUCCAGUUUUGAAGCCAUUUUUCUUCUAUUAUCCCAAAAGCAAUGUUCAGGUCAGCCUAUUUCUAAAUGGGCAGCAUGUUGAGACGUUUGAGGAGGAUCUUACCUUUACAUCAGAUGAGGUUGUUUCAUUUGAUCCACCUGAGAUUAGCACUGAAUUGAAAGAUCUGCCAAGUGGUCCACAUACUUACCGCUUAGAAGAUCUUGCCUAUACUAGAAGUGGAGGCAAAGGCAACUCUGCAAACAUAGGUGUGAUAGCACGGCAUCCCCUUUACUAUCCAUACCUAAAGAAAACUUUAACUGCUCAAUCCCUGAAGAACUACUUCCAACACCUUUUUGAGCAAGAAAAACCUGAAGAAGAACUAGUAACAAGAUACGAGUUGCCAGGAAUCCAUGGAUUAAAUUUUGUUCUGAAGAAUUCCCUUGGUGGUGGUGGCAUAGCAUCUCUAAGAAGUGACCCACAGGGCAAAGCACUUGGACAGAUGCUGUUGGAUUUCCAGAUUAAAAAUGUUCCUGAUUUAAAAUCACUGAUAGAGUAACAGGUGUUUAAUACAUAUGCUUUUAACACUGAGUGGUAUCAAAACAUGUUAUAAACAAGAACUGGCUUCUUGAGAUAUUCUUUUUUCUUAAAGAGUAGAAAUUGGUGACAGUUAUCUCUCAGAGGCUUAGCUAUAUGCACAGAUUAGCAAAUGUUUUAAGUAAUAUGAGACUAAUAGCUUGGUCUGUGACUGAUAACAUUUCCCGUCCAGAUAAUACAUUGGAUGAAGAAUUAAUUUAUUUUCUGUAAAAUAGAAUUAAUCAAAUUGCAACAUAACAUUUAAUAAUAAGAUAAACUUUGUUCAAAGAUGGAAAUUACAUCCUGUUCAGUCCAUUUCUCUUUUCCUUCUGUCAGUCUUUAUUUGAAAUUAAAUGGACUGAUCUAGUUGCAAGCCUAUCAGCUGUUCUGUGCACAGAGUGAGGCUGGAUAACGUGCUGUGCAUUGCUGCAGAGUCAGCACGGUCUGGUACUGGGGAACAGCUUUCCCUGUGGGGCAAUAAAGGAAAGUUAUAAUUGCUGUUGUUAUAUAGUGACUGGUAGUAAAUGCCGACCUUUGAUGGUGAUCCACCAAACUUCCAGCACUUUGUCCAGCUAAUGACAGGCUUCAUUAUUAUAUUUUACAAUAUCUCUUACUAGUUAAUAUGUUGAUUGAAAGCACUGACUAUUAAGAAAUUGCAGAUUUUAGUGUGGGAUUAAUUCUGAAGAUGAGGAAAGGAUAGUCUGCCUGCUUGUGCUCUCUUGUGAUGGUGCCAUCCUGGCAGGGAGGAAAGGGGUUGGGUGGCAGGGGGAUACCUCGUUUUGUUUCAGGGCUGUUAAAUCCUCAUUUUGUGCAGCAGAAUCCUGCCUGGAUUAAGUUCAUUUGGCUGUCAUUUGCAUUCCCUUUCCCACAGAAAGGUCUGCCUCCUGCUGUGAAGGAAUAACAUGCUGAAUGUAGCAUGCUCCAUCUCUCUUCUGACUCCCAGCUAUGACCUCCCCAUCUCCCUUCCUACACAAUAUGACUAGCAUGUUCAAAUUAAAGUACUCCUAAACUACUUCACCUCAUUAAGCAGAGACUUAAAAGUUCAUAUCAUACUUCCUGGGACAGUAUCAGGCUGGAAGUUCUGGCCCAACAACGAUGUGUGUUUCUUCUGCAGAAGCCACAGAAAUAUUACUCCACAUGUGCAGGUGUUACGUAUUCAGAAAUCAGUAUAUUCCUUUAUUUUGGGGAGACUAUUAAUUGUUAGUGCUGACAAAUGAGAUAAAAUUAUGAAAGAUAUUUUAAAUUGUCACCGAAAUACCUGUCAUCCCUAAAUCUGUCUGUGCUACCCCUAAUACUAAUUUCCUAGCCUUCUGAUUGCUAAUGAGGACUAUACAAGGAAUUACUCCCAGCUUUUCUGUGGUUUUGUUCAUUUGCAUUGAAGAUAUCAUAAAUUAAUGCUUUAUCCAACUGAACAUACUAUUCUCUUAGCGAGUCAUAAGUACGAUCUAUGUAUACAGCAUGAUUCUGUCUAGUAAAAAUGAGUCAUUUCAUUGCAGAAAAAUAUCCAGCUUAAUAACCAGCAUGCUGGUUUUAUGUUUACAGUCCUUGUUUGUUAGAAAAUUCUUGUUAAUAAUGUGGAAGCCUAACAAAACAGACAAAGGUAUUGAGAGGAAAUGAAAAAGUGGUAGACUUCAGUAGCAAGGAUAUCCUACAAGGAUAAAAAGGCUACAGUAAGUACUUGUAGUUCACUCAAUAUGCUGCUAAAGUGACUCUGUAAAUGUAUAUGCAAUCAUUUCUGAAUAAAAGUGAACAUUUAUAAAGAACA